GAGAUUAAGGCAUGAUCUAAGCAUUUAGAAAUUUAAUUUCCGGAGGUUUGACAGGACAAUAAUUAAAGGCGGGCAGAGAUUAAUUAAAGUUAUUAACAGAAAUAAUGCAAUGUAGUACUUGACUGCUGUCAAAACCUGGGUAAGAAAAUGAUUUUUAUCAAGGCUAGUUGAAAGGAGGGUGUGGACAACAGAAAGUUUAGAGACGGAGCUCAGAUAAAGAGGGUGGAACUAAGUAACCAACAAAGGUGUGACCUAGACUAACAACAGAGUUAGUGUACAGUAAACCAUAAAGAAAUUCUGAGCACAGGAAGAAGGGCUGAAAAGCACAUUAAUUGAGAAACCAAUUGAAGACAUGAUGCUGGACCGUACUUCUUGGGAAUGAGUGAUGUUGUUCACAAUGGGACAUUAUUUCCAUCAUGGAAGAAAAUCUGAAACAAGAUUGAUCGAGGACUAAGGCUUCAACUUUCGCAGAGUUCAGCAGCAUGGCGUCUACUACCAGCUCUGCAAAUUCAGAAUGUGGAAAUGGAGACACAUUGUGUAUCAUCCGUGUGUACGAACAGGAAGUUAUUAUCGUACCUGUGCUGUUUUUUAUGACUUUCCUCGUUGUACUGGUGUUGCUGCUGCUGUUGAGGUACUGUCCUGAGAAAGUCGACCGUCUGCAACCAAAUUCCGAACGAUCGACUAAGAACAGGAGAAACUUGCAAGGCAUUGAUGCUCCUCGGGGUCUAAAUGCUCUGGAGGGUGAGCGCAUAGCAUUGGACAGCACCUCGUACAUGACUUUCAGCACCUUACCACAAAUUAAAGAAAAUCCGUCUGACCAUGACUCCACCAAUGUGGCCUUCACUGAUGGAAGAGGCUCUUUCGGCGCCACAGCUUCACCCUUCACAAAGCCCAAGGAACUCCCACGUCAACGGCUGCCGGAGAACUUUAACGGGGUGUCUUCUCUUCCAGCAUCAUACUCUUUAAAGACAGACAACUCUGUCUCACUCUACAGAGCUCGGAUGGAUAACAGAAAUGUGGUGCUGCGUGUACUUAAAGAUUCAGCCAGUAAACAGGAAAGUCAGUCGUUCCUGGGAUUCGCAUCCUUCCUUUCUCAACUGGGUCCCAACCCAUUUAUACCGGAGCUACUGGGAGUCGUGUCUCUGCGUGCUCCUCUCAUUACUGUUAUGGAAGAGAUGGAGAACCGAGAUCUGCUUGGGUUCCUGUGGAGGAGUAGAGAGGAUAAAGUUGGACCAGAAGGCAUUUGCGAGAUGACUGAGAGAACGAUCUUCACUAUGGCCUUACAUGUGUCCACUGCACUGGAUUAUCUCCAUAGCAAAGAUCUUCUCCACUGUAACGUCAAGGCUCGCAGUGUAUUGGUCAGCCGUAUUUUUACAGCAAAGCUCUGGGGUUUGGGUGAUUUAUAUGCAAGAACUUCAGAAAAUGCUAAGCGCAUGGAAGAUCCAGGAAGAAAAAAGUGGCAAGCUCCUGAAUUAUUGGCCAAGAGACCUGCCACUCCAAAGAGUGAUGUUUGGUCAUUUGGACUUCUGCUGUUUGAAAUGGUGACACUUGGUGAGGUCCCUUUUGCUGAAAUCCCUGUGACUGAACUUCUACAGUAUCACCAAAGAGGCAAAACCCUGAAGAAACCACACAACUGCUCCAACUCACUUUAUUCAAUUAUCAAAUCUUGCUGUCAGUGGAAGGAGCACGACCGCCCCACAUUGGCUGAGGUCAGGCGUAAACUCCAAUCAGGAGAGAAGAGUGCCAAUGACAGCGUUGUUCUCCGUGUGCCUGAGCCAAUCAAUAUUGAGCAAUAUCUGAGGGAGGCGGGAUAUGGAGAAUCCAACGACUACACAAUUUUCUGAAACACUACAAGAAAAAGGCUUAACAAAAGGGAUCUGAUGCUCACAAAAUCCGAUUUCUUCCCUGAGUAAAUUGACAGAAGAUCAGCCAGAAAUCAUCUGAGCAAAAUCUUCAAGACAUUGAUAAACAGACAAAAAAGAAAAAUCAUUUUUUAUGUGAUAUAAUAUAACCACAGUUUAUUAAUAAUAAUAUUAGAUGCAAGAGACUAGAAAAUGUGGUGACUUGACAUGAAUGUUACAUUUUAGCUUUGAUCAGAAAACAACUAUCUUUUUAGACAUUUUAAAAAGGUCUAUAGUUUUCAAAACAAACUGGUAACUAAAUGCUCAUUUUGUUGUAGGAAUAACUUAAAUAUAAUAAAACUAUUGUGGUUUACAGAGCA